AUGAAAAUUUCAAGGGGUGGUGCUUUGCUUUCUUUUUCUGAUAUGGCAGAAGGCCACCUCCCCACUUUUCGUCUUGUAAAAGACUGUGAAGUGUCCUUAGAAAACCGAGGGUCUUUAUUUGCGGUGAAGAAGAAGGAGUCAGAUGCUGUAGUUUGUACUCAUGAACCGCUGGUUGAAGGAAAGGUUGUUCUUAUUAAAAUAGAACAAAAAUUAGUUCCAUACGUUGACCGUUUAGCUAGCACAUUUAUGAAAAUUGGCCUCUCUGACUGUGAGCCACAACCUACUACUAAUAUAGAUGAGCUACCAUUUGUCAGAGAUUGCUCUUAUUACAAGGAUCCUACGAAACGUACAAAUUUCAAAAACCUUUCGCAAAGCCAAACGCUUGGUUUCAUGCUCCUUCUAAACAUGGUGUACAUUUUUAUUGAUGGUUUGCUAAGAGAGAUAGUUCCUGCACCACUUGUUAAACCUUUUUGGGGCGUAGUAUCUUUUGAUGGGUGCUUUAACACAGUUCUCCUGUCACUGAAAGACUAUAAACCACUCGAUUAUUUCUGCUUAAAAACUAUCUCCUUAAAGCCAAGCAAUGUUAAACUAGAAAUUGGAACUCCAGUAUCAUUGUAUACAUGUAGUAAGGAGGUAGUUGCUAAUGGUUAUGUUUGGGUUGAUGUUCCUAGCGGAGGUGGUCUAGUUGAAUUUAACCUACUCAAAAAGUCAAAGAGAGGCAUAAAUCAUGAUAAAUUUAAGGAAGCCAUGGCCUCUGGAGUCAUGAACUGUACAAUCAUUAAUGUUGUUUGUGUUGGUCCACCAGGUGUGGGUAAAACAUGUCUCAAGCACCUCCUUUUAGAGAAGCCCCUCCCAGUAAAGCGUAACAGUACACCCAUUGUGAGUCCUGUCGAAAGAAUAAGUGUCAUGAAGCAAAAAGGACUUUUGUCUAGUUUUGACAAAGACGAAAUGACAAAACUAGUUGCUCGCAAAGCAAAAGAACUAAUAAAUUCACCAACAAGUUCUGUACAAAGCAGCUGCUCUGCUGUUGUCAACCCUCCGAUACCAAGAAAAACGUCCCGCCCGAUUCGAAGCUCUUCCUCACCUGCCAUGCUCUCUAAGUCCCUUUCUUUGGAUGAGAAACCUGCUGACCCAGUGACCAGCUCUGUUCCCAUUACUACUACGUCUUCUAAGUCAGAAAAGCAAGUGAUUAAUGUCAUGUCACUGGAUUCUGCUUCUAAUGAGGAUCAGAGCAAGGAUUUUUUAUACUUUCUCGACAGUGGGGGUCAGCCACAAUUUCUAGAUCUCUUGCCUAUUUUCAUACGGUCUUGCAUGGUCGUUAUUUUUGUGUUUGAUGUCACCAAAGACUUGGACGAGCAGCUUAGCUUCAGUUAUUUUGAGGAAGGAGAAGACAAGAGUCAUGAGUUAUAUACAACGAUGCCGCAGUCCUGCUGUGAGAUGUUAGAGAACACGGCGCGAGUUGUCUCAUCUUUAUCAACGAGUGUACCAGAAAAGGAUUCAAGCAGCUUACCUGUCCUUCUGGUAGUUGGCACACACAUCGACAAAUUGAAGGACAAAAAGAAAGAGAUAAAGAAAAUCAAUCAGAAAUUAAAAGAGAAGCUAAGCAGUUUAAAUGAUCGCCGAAUUGACUAUAAUGAGAAAAAAGACGAGAUAUUGUUUCCCAUUGAUAUACUCAAAGACAAAGAUAAAAUGGGUGCUGAGAUUCGCAAGAGGCUUAUUAGGAUAAGCUCUCAAUUGCAGCGUGUCGACAUCCCGUUGGCUUGGUAUCAGUAUGAGCGUUUGCUCAAUAAAUACUCGUCAGAUAAUAAGACAUCAAUAAUUGUACUCAGUCAUUGUGUAGAGCUUGGCAAGCAAUUGGGCCUUGGUCCUGAAGAGGUUGAGGAUAUAUUGACAUUCUUUGAUUCUGUAAACACAGUCUUGUAUCACUCAAAUGAGAAGUUCAGUAUUGUCAUCACUGAUCCUCAGCUAGCCCUAGGAAUGCUCACCUCUCUUCUAAAAAUCACAUUCUCUAAAACUGACGAUCUAGUCUUGCCUCCAGAUUCUAUAAGGAAACUGACAGAGAGCGGUCUCUUUUCAGAGGAUGUCUUUAAAAUAUGCUUGAAGGAACAAUUGACUCAUUUUAUACCUGAAUUCGGACCUUCUGACCUCCUCCGGCUUUUAGUGGACUUGUUGGUGAUUGCAGAUACUACUCAUGGGUACUUCAUUCCUAGUGCUUUACCAAUCUGUAGCAACAACAUCGACGUGAGUACAUAUACUACCCAUUUUGAUUGUCUCCUCCUAUUGCCAGUGAAAGGUGUAGUGCUGCAAGGUGUCUUUACAGCUCUCAUAACUUAUCUGCUUCGAGAAGACUCAAAAUUUACUUUGCCCAAGCCAGAGGCUAUGGAUCGCCAGCAGUACAGGAAUGCCGUCAGUCUUGUUUAUAAAAGCGGUUGCAUUUUAAUCGUAGACAGGUUUCGGUGGUUAGAACUAUACUAUUCGGGAAGCAAUGAUGAAGAAGCCUUCAAUAUAAGAAGAACACUGACUAGCAACUCUUGUCUAUCAGCUCUAUCUGAUGUUCUUCCUUAUUCAGUCGAUGAUAUUCGUUUUGAGUGGGGCUUCAUGUGUGACUUACAUAAAGAUGAUGAACCAGUCUGCAGUGAGACUCAUCCGGCUAGAGUUGAUAUGGACACUAUUACUCAUUCUUCCUUUAGUCUCAGUUGUACUAAGCAUCCUGCUUUAUCAAAGACUUGUGGUAGUGUUAGGAGACUCCCUUGGCUAUUUAGUUUAGAUAAUUUCACAGAACCUGAUCUACGUGACUGUAUGGCUUUUGUUGGCCUUAAACUGGGAAAUGAUCAUUUUGAUCAGUUUGGCAUACAUUUGAAUAUAGCUUCAACUGAAAUUGCAAUAAUACAGGCAGAACAUAAAAGCAUAGGAGAACGCUAUGCACUAUUGUUUGAAAAGUGGAAAAUGAAAAGAUGUUCCCCUUACACAUGGAAGACUAUUAUCAAUGCACUGAAGGCCAUUGAAAGAAUGGAUAUACACGAUAGCUUGAUAACGUAUCUUAUGCGUCAUAAAAAGAUUAAUCUAGAAUAAACAACUAUUUUUAUAUUUAUAUUAAUUUAUUUAUUUAAUUUAUUUGUGAAUCUUUGUCCAAUGAGA